AUGGAAAGUGAAAUAGUCAAAAGAAUCAGGGAAGGAGAUUUGGAAUGGGCUAGAAAAGCCAUUCUAAGCAUAGAAGAUAGCAUUAAGCUGGAGCCAUCAUUGUAUGGCAGACGUGCAUUGAUUGAUAAAAUACAAAGGCUGAAGAGUAUGUACAACUGUCAUGCACCUUUGGAAUCUACAGAAAUACAAAUGGUUAAGCCGUUUUUAUUAACAAGGCAAGAAAAUCAGAUAGCAGAUUCUGAGAAAAAGAAGUGCAUUAAGAAUUUACAUGGAGAGAAUGUUGGUAUUAAUGAUUGCUGUGAAGUUUUGAUUGAGAAAUGCAGUGAAUGUGUUUUUAAUCAUUUCUGUAGUGAAACCUCUGUACUACUUAUGGAUGUGAAGAACAGUAAGAUUUCAUGCAGUGCGCAGCAGAUAAGACUGAAUAACUGUGAAAACGUGGAACUUGUGGUUCAUACUCAAACUGGCGUGUAUCUUCACGGAUGCAAAAGCAUUGUUAUUUGUGGAUAUGGCAAUUCUGAAUGCAACAAAUUUGCAUGUGUCUAUGAUUUUUCAAAUCCAUUUGGAGGAGGAAGCUAUAGGAUUGUAUAA